UGGGACGUUUAACGUUGGGCGAGUGUUGUUGGAUAUUUUAAAAUAACUGGACGAGCUUGUUGUCACUCGGUCUUUGCGUGAGCAAUGUUAAAUGCUUGCUAACGGGCUGUGCUAAUAGCGGGCAGCGCAGGGUAGCAAAUGCUAACGGCUAGCGGACGUCGAUAGCAACGGUAGCCUCGACCUCCUCGUCUUAGCAACGCGCUCCGCCGGACAUGGACGACGACUUUCUGCUCGCCGUCCAGUUGCAGGAGCAGUUUGACAGCGAGUAUGCGGCCUCCUCAUUUUCGCCAAGUAGUCCGCAUGAAGACGGUUUCGGCGGAAGCGGUAAGAAAUGUAAAGUGGAGUCGGGCGCCGGCGGCGGCGUAUUCCUCCGCUCGCCCAGCCCUGAAAGGCCGAUGUCCGUCGUAGAUGAGUCCUGGGAGCUGCUGGACCCAAACCCCAACAUCCGAGCCAUGUUCCUGGAAUUCAAUGAGACCUUCUUCUGGGGUAAACUCGGCGGAGUCGAGGUGAAAUGGAGUCCAAGAAUGACAUUGUGUGCAGGUGUGUGUUCUUAUGAGGGCCGAGGUGGACUGUGUUCGAUCAGACUCAGUGAGCCCCUGCUGAAGCUCAGACCCCGACGGGAUCUAGUUGAGACUCUUCUUCAUGAAAUGAUCCACGCUCUGCUGUUUGUGACCCAAAAUAAUCGUGACCGAGAGGGACAUGGACCAGAAUUCUGCAAGCACAUGAACAGGAUCAACAAAUCCAGUGGGACCAAAAUCACUAUAUAUCACACCUUCCAUGAUGAGGUUGACUUGUAUCGGCAGCACUGGUGGCGCUGUGAUGGGCCCUGCCAAAACCGCAAGCCCUACUUCGGCUAUGUGAAGAGGGCCAUGAAUCGUGCACCUUCUUCCCUGGACCCCUGGUGGGGUGACCACCAGAGGACCUGCGGUGGGACUUACACCAAGAUCAAGGAGCCUGAAGGAUACGGGAAGAAGAUCCAUAGUAAAAAGAGUAAGAUGAUCCCACAAAGUCAGCCCAUAGGAAGUGGAAUGCCUUCUCAUACAACUACAGGUUCUGGGUUACAAGAUAUAAGGAGCGUUAUCCCAUUCAGUGGGAAAGGCUUUCGACUCACAGAGACGACCCCCGCUUCCACAUCUUCGCCGCCACAUCACAAAGCACCAGAGCCUUUUCUGAAAAGACCUCUCCUUAGCCCCAGCCCCUCUCCUGACAAACCCUUCUCCACCUCCAAAAGCCUCCAUUCCCCUGUACAGCCUGGCCAGGAUACCCAAGUCAACGGGACCUCCAGUUCAUUGCCCUCGAUCAGAUCGGGGGGUUCUAGAGGACAGAAGCGGCCCACCAAGAAGUCGGUCAGUAACACUAGGGUUUUUGUCAACAUCAAUGGCUCACCAGUUAGACUCCCCAAACCCCAACGCAGCAGCAGCCAAGGAGCCAUCAAACCUUACAGCAAUGGAACAGGAAGUGAAAACACAUUUAAAGGGUUCUUUCGAGACUUCAACGGCUUGAUGACAACUGAGAGUGGAGCUAGGGGCUCCCUUUCUCCUAUUUUCUCAAAGACCUCAGCAGCGAAUGACAGAAAAGUGCCGUUAUCGCCUGACAAACAUGACGCCUGCAGACAGCAGUCAAGCACCACCUCUGUCCCCUCUUCUUUCUCCAAAGAACAAAGUAGUCAUUCUUCUCUCACGGAUUACCUGUCUGUGAUUCCAACAUUAUCCAAACCCAGUCCCACUAAACCGGCUGGUGGUGCGCCGGCAUCUAGAAAGAGGCCACGGGACAGUCAUGGCACCUCUCGCAACAUCUUGGACUUCUUUCAGAGGACAGAAGGCAGCGACUCAGCAGUAUCAAAGGAUAUGACAAAGACAAAGGGCAGUACCUCUGCUGCAGGCAGCACACCUGCAGUGCGGCAAAAAACUAUCACCACCACAACUUCCUCCUCAUCCCCCUUUUCCUCCCAUUCUUCAGGAGUGCAUAAUAUGGCAUCUACCUCUGUCACCCAAAUGGUCGGCUGCCCUGUGUGCCAACUUCAGGUGCAGGAGUCAAAGAUCAAUGAACAUCUUGAUUUUUGUCUCUCCUGAUAGGGUGAUGAACAUGAGAAGAAUGUCCAACGCGUGCCUUAUAUUUAAUCAAGACAUGUUUUCACAGAGUUUACUGUCUUUUAGUUUCACAUAUUUGCUAGCUUUUACUGCUAAAUUUGUUGUUGGUCAUUCAGAAACAUUUGUCUUGGCUGAAAGACGACUUUUGAGUUGUCCAUGACCUUACCAUCACAAUGAUGUCCAUGUCACAUGUCUUCCAACUUCUUCCUGAGAAUAUCAACCAAAGGGUUUUGACUUAAUUACUAAUUUGUAAAAGGAAAUUUUAAUAGUUUUUUCUAAAUGUUCUACUUUUAUGCAUUUUAAGUUCUAAGGCAUAUGAUAUAUGGCUUAUUGUGGAAUAACAUGUUCUCGGGCGUCCGGAUAGCGUAGCGGUCUGUUCCGUUGCCUACCAACACGGGGAUCUCCGGCUCGAAUCCCCGUGUUACCUCCGGCUUGGUCGGGUGUCCCUACAGCACAGUUGGCCUUGUCUGCGGGUGGGAAGCCGGAUGUGGGUAUGUGUCCUGGUCACUGCACUAGUGCUUCCUCUGGUCGGUCGUGGUGCCUGCUCCGGGGGUAGCAUUAUCCUCCCACGCGCUACAUCCCCCUGGUGAAACGCCUCACUGUCAGGUGGAAAAAUGGGGCUGGUGACUCCACAUGUAUCGGAGGAUACAUGUGGUAGUCUGCAGCCCUCCCCGGAUCGGCAGAGGGGGUGGAGCAGCGACUGGGACGGCUACAAUUGGGGAGAAAAAGGAAGGAAAAAAUAAAAUGUUCUGACUUUAACCUUUGCCCAUACGAGACAAAACAGUCAUUUUUAACAGUUUUAUCAUGUUUUGUGAAGCACUUUGUAACAACUAGUUAAUUAUUAUUUGGACCAUUAAAGUUUAAAAA